AAUACUGUCUAAAAAUCUGGAAAAAUAAGAAUUCUCCAUGAAUUGUGUUGUUUGUGUAAAGUGCAUGUUAUAAGGAUUAUAAGAAAAAUUUGUGAGUUAACUUUUGGAGCAGACGAAAACAAUGGCCAAUCCAGAGAUCCCUCGGACUCGCCCAGCUCUUGUAGAAAUCCCGACAAGGAUGGGCUAUCUAACGCAACGGGUCACCACUCCGGUCGGAGUCAACAAUAGGCGGAACGCACUAAAUCCAAGAUUGAUAGAUAAUCCGACCGUGAACAUACCGGAUAGUUACUUAUCGCCCCGUAUGUCCCCCGAGGAAGCAGUUAUUCAACAACGCGGCAGACGUCGUGUUCCUAUUAUCUGGAGUCCAGAGAAAGGUUUCUAUGUGUCGCCACACAAGACACCGACAAAAAGUAUAUCGGCAAUGACGCUAAGGAGUUCGCCAAGAAAGCGUUCGUUGAUUAAGGAAUUGUCCGAAGUUGCAGCCUCGACCAGUGAAGCAAGUCAAACUCCGUCGCCAUCUAAGCGUAGCCCUACAAUGAAAAAUACGAGCCCAAGUGCAGCCAAGAAGAUGCGUUUUGAAGAGGGAUCUAUUAAUCGUAAAAGAAGCGAUAUUCCAUUGGAAAUUCUACUGAAAGGCUUGAGUCAGGAGCAGCUGAUCACCAUGAUCAACGGCAUGGUGCGAAGCAAUCCCCGCUUAGAGCACACCGUUCGUAGUGAGCUGCCAAUGGCGGACAUUGCUCCACUUGAAGAACAGUUGAAUUACCAGAAAAAGAACAUAUCCAAGAGUUUGCCAGCAACCCGUUUAAUAAGCAAAACUGACAGUCCGGCCUAUGCUCGUGCAGCAACCCAUCUAUUUACGUUCAAAAAAAUGCUAGUUGAGCAUAGUCAAACGCUGCAAAAUUCUAAACACUGGGACGCUUUGCUCGAUUAUGUUGUGAUGGCCUGGGGAUAUGUACGAGCCACACCCGUCUGGGACAAUCCAGCGCAUAAUGCCGUUCGAAAGCACUGCUUCAAAAUACUUUCGUAUCACGCUAGUUUUGCCCUCAAGUACGGUCAAACAGAGCUGGGACACGAACGAUUGAGCAAGUUUCAGCAGAAAAUCAAAGCAAUGGCCGUCGAUUGCGAGGAUAUUCAAGAUUGUGUUGUGCCACUCUGUUAUCUGCUGGAGAAAAAUUGAAUUACGGUACCUGUAUUGUUCUAGUUAAUUUUCGAGAAUGUCUGGCGUUAGAUGUUUAAAUUUUAGUAAAUUUCGUUAGUCCAUUCAGAGAGGUUGGUCAACAGAGCAAGCCAUUCGAAGAAGAAACAAACAGCUACUUAAGGUAAGUUUAGCAGGAUUUUCUAGCAUUAUGCACCCGCUGUUACAAUUUUUUUGGCGUAAUCAGUUCUAUUUGGAUUUCAAUAGAAUAAGCAAAGUGCGAUACUUCAACAAAGUGAUGACAUACAUAUUACCAUAACUAGGGCGCUAAAAACCUAAGAGUUGAAUCAAUUUCUUUUCUAAUAAUUUUCUAUCUCUCCUGGUCUGUUUUUGGUGGCGCAACUCUAUGCGAUCCACAGACAAAUGUUUAGUAAUAUUCAGCAAGUUUAUUCUGAUAGUAGUGCUAGCAUAGAAGCUAAUCGAUUUUAACUGGCAUGUCGUAAUAUGUCUUAAAGUGGUACGUUCUCUAUAUUAGUAAAAAGCUUCUCGUGCUUAAGUUAUGAUAUACUUGUUAGAUAUAAUGAUGAUUGUAAUA